AUGACAUCCACGGCAUAUCGACUGGUCCGUCAGCAGAACAGGGAACAAGGCAUUGGCACAAACCACAAAAUGGUGAAGUUCUCCCAGCAGGAUUAUAAGACUCUGCGCAAGCAGUGUUUGAAGAGUGGACGCCUGUUUGAGGACAACCGCUUUCCAGCUGAGCCCACAUCACUGGGCUACGAUGAGCUGGGACCAGACUCAGAAGAAACCAAGGGGGUUGUUUGGAAAAGGCCAAAGGAGCUGUGCUCAAACCCAAAGUUCAUUGAUGAUGGAGCCACAAGGACGGACAUUUGCCAAGGAGAGCUGGGUGACUGCUGGCUUCUGGCUGCAAUAGCCAGUCUGACUCUAGACCAGGACAUCCUGCCUCGCGUGGUGCCCCAGGAACAGAGUUUUACUGAAGGUUACGCCGGGAUAUUUCACUUCCAGUUCUGGCAGUUUGGUGAGUGGGUGGAUGUGGUGAUCGAUGACCGUUUACCAACAAGAGAUGGAAAGCUGCUGUUCGUUCACUCAGCGGAGAGCUCAGAGUUUUGGAGUGCGCUGCUGGAGAAGGCCUACGCCAAGUUGUAUGGCAGCUAUGAGGCCCUGUCAGGAGGACACACUACUGAGGGUUUUGAGGAUUUCACAGGAGGGAUUGCAGAAGUUUACACCUUAGAAGAAGCUCCCCCGAAUCUCUUCCAAAUCAUGCAGAAGGCCCUGAGCCUGGGUUCACUGCUUGGUUGCGCUAUUAACAAGACCAGUGCUGAUGAGGUAGAGACACGUACACCUCUCAAACUUGUCAAGGGACAUGCAUACUCAGUCACUGGUGCAGAGGAGGUUAAUUUCCAAGGCAAGCCAGUUCAGCUGGUUCGCAUCAGGAACCCAUGGGGCGAGGUGGAAUGGACUGGGCCUUGGAGUGAUGGGUCCAGUGAAUGGAACCAUAUCAGCAAAGAUGAGAAAUCAAAGUUGAACCAUGUGGCUGAAGAUGGAGAAUUCUGGAUAUCCUAUUCAGACUUUAUCAAUCAGUUCUCCAGGCUGCAGAUCUGUAACUUGACCCCAGACACACUCCUGAGUGAUAAAGUGGGCCACUGGAAUCACUACCAGUAUGAAGGUACGUGGAGGGUGGGCUCUACUGCAGGCGGUCGCCGAAAAUGCAAAGACACAUUCUCGUCCAACCCUCAGUUUGUGGUGCGCCUGGAGGAUGUGGAUGAUGAUCCCCUGGAUGGGAAGGAUGGAUGUACCAUUCUGGUUGGGCUCAUGCAAAAGGAUGUGCGACAGCAGAAGUGGCUCGGCCGCGACCCUGAGUUCAUUGGCUUUGCCAUUUAUAAGGUCCCAGAUCAGUACAAAGGCCAAAGCAAUGUUCACCUGGGUCCAGAUGUCCUGCUGCGACAGAGCCCUGUGGCUGAGAGCUCCUUCACCUACAAACGGGAAGUGUGCAAACGUUUUAAUCUUCCUCCAGGAGAAUAUGCCAUUGUUCCCUCGACCUAUGAGCCUGACAAGGAUGGCAGCUUCCUUCUCAGGGUGUUCUCUGAGAAACCGGCUGCAGCCAGUCCACUGGAGGAUGACAUUGACAUUCAAAUAGAGGAGGAGGAGCUAUCUUGUCACGUCUGCCUCCGCUCUUGUGUUUUCUGUUAGACCUUUUCCCUGUAUUACCG